GAGUUGCAGUUGGACCCUGUGGUGGAGUCACAGGUGCUCUUGCAGCCUCUGACCCACGAGUCCGAUGUCAAGGUCUUGAAGUGGAGAUCUACUCGCCCUGGCAAGAUUGCAUGGUCCCAGAGCAAGGUUGACAAUUUGGCUCGUGAUAUGCUGCGCACUCUUCCCCUUGAAGUGCUGAAUGUGAUCGGCAGCCCCUCAUGGACAGGAGGCCCACUAGUGGUUUUGGAUCAGCCGACUGGGAGACCUACGGCAUCAACCUUGGGGAAAAACUUUCCUUGGUUGCUGCCAUUCGUCAAGGAUUCACCUUCCAAGGUACCUAGCGGGUACUACAUAUGCGAUGCCUUUUUGUACCUGGAUUCCUUGUGUCACAAGCGCCUGUUCAAACCUGACCUCAAGCGGAUGGAGACCCGAAGCAGUCUCGCAGCCGAAGAGGCUGUCAAAGUGAAGAAAUGCUUGGGAACCCUCAGAUACCUAUGGAGGAACGCCAUGGGUGCCUCCCACGAUGAGAACGUCCAAACCAUGAAAAGCUUCCUGUGCCCUUCUCCCUUGCAGCAACUUCGUCGAGGUGAAAGUCAGGAAAUGGCGGUGGAAGAUGGGGAAGAUGGAUCGGAAGGAGGAGCUGAUAUCGAGGAGGAAGGUGAUGAACAGGCUGAAAGUGAUGAUGGGGAGGAGGAAGGUGAUGAACAGGCUGAAGGUGAUGAUGGGGAGGAGGAAGGUGAUGAACAGGCUGAAGGUGAUGAUGGGGAGGAGGAAGUUGAUGAACAGGCUGAAGGUGAUGAUGGGGAGGAGGAAGUUGAUGAACAGGCUGAAGGUGAUGAUGGGGAGGAGGAAGUUGAUGGAGAUGAGGACAGUAAGUCCGAUGGGGAGGAAUGGAGUGAUGAGGUGAAGGAUGCGUUAGUGGCAAUCUCUCCACCGGUUGGUCGUAUGGUCCAGCAGGCUGUCCGAGUUGAAGAUGGGGUCCAGGUGAAUGUUUCCAAUGAGCCUGACAGUGAUGACUCGCUCGUGGCGCCAACUCUUCGCUUGGGUGAAUCUGAUGGAGAUGACACGUCUGAGUCUGCCGAUGAGGAUGGUGAUGAGAAGGGCAGUGAUGUGAGCGAAUCUGAGGAGGAGUUUCAGUGCAGUCAGGUUCCGGGUAGUGGUUGGAUGGGGAAGUUCUACGCCAAGUACGGUCGAUUUGGCAAGACCAAAGAGUCCAGACCUUUCUGGCCACCUUCUGUGGAAGCUGGGGAUGUGCCUGCCAUCUUGGAUGACAUCCGGGAUGACUUUUCCAAGCGUGCUGGUGAUUGUUCUCAGCAUCCGCUGUUCGAAGGGUAUAUGGACCAUUGCCGCAAUGCAUUGGUUACCCAUGGUCGCUACGUCUAUGACACCCACACCACGCAGAAGCACUUCAACGAAUGGGUGCGUGAAGAGAAAGCGGAGGAUCUGAAAGCUUUGCGCAAGCCUUCCAAGCGAUCGCAUGAGGAGGCCAUGGUCAAGCCUGGGCUGCACAUCCGUGUGCCUGGCGCCAACACCGGCUUCAAGACUGCCAUGAAUCUUAUGAACUUGGACUGCGCUUCUGCUGAGGAGGCCCAGGAGGAUGGAUGCACCCAGACGCCGGCAUGCAAGAAACCGCGCCUUGCGGUUGAUGUAGCUCGGGGUUUGGAGAUCACACCACCACCUGUCGUGGGUCGUCAGUCAGCAAAGUUCAUGAACAAGAUCAAAAAGGAGAGCAGCACUGGCAAGCCCCAGAAAAAACAUGGGGGUGUGCCAGUGGAUGCACAUGGCAGGAUGACUACUUUCAAAGAGCAUGAUUUGAGUUCCCUACCGCAUGCAAUUGAAGUGUUGUGCAAGAACGGUGCCUAUGUGAUCAAGCGUUGCGUGGAAGGCUGCGACAAGCCUGCGAGUGCUCAAGUGACAUGGUCACGCUUCGACGGGCCAGUUUCAGCAUGGGCUGAAGCGAAGCAGCGUGCUGGGCUGGUGUACUUGCUGCUAUUUGUGAGCCUUGAAGCCUUUGCAGGAGACCAUGGGGUGAGGUUCGGCCGGGCUCUGGCCAAGAUACGAAGUGACCAGCAGAAGAUCAACCAAUGUAAGGCCAUGAGGAGAUUUCUUUCCAAUGCCUCGCCUCUUUUUGAAGAGAUCAUUGGCGAAUGCAGGUCCAGCCUGCCCAUUUGUGCUGCAGCAGGUGUUCCACCACCAAAGACGAGAAUGCGUGGCAAGAGCAGCCCCCCAGAGAAUGAGAAGAGAAAGGCAGAGCAAAAGGUACGAAAGAGCGCUUUGAAGGUCAAAGCAAGUGAGAAGAGUGCCAAGAGUGAGAAGGGAAAGCUUGAUGAAAAGUUGCGUAGAGAGGCAGCAGAAGCCAAGAAAGCACAUGCUGCUGCCUUGCAGCUAGAGAAGCAAAGGCAGAAAGCAAAGGCAGAGAAGAAAAGUAAGAAAGCAGAGGUGAAGACAAAGGAAGAGAAGAAGACAAAGGAAGAGAAGAAGACAAAGGAAGAGAAGAAGGCAAAGGAAGAGAAGAAGACAAAGGAAGAGGUGAAGACAAAGGAAGAGGUGAAGACAAAGGAAGAGGUGAAGACAAAGGAAAGUAAGACCGAGGAGAAGGUGGAGGGAGCCAAGCAGGCAAAGAAAGGCGAUAAGAAGACUCAUGAGAAACGUGGAGCGGUUGAGCCAGGCAAGGGAAAGAAGAAGGCGAAGGAAGAGCCUAUCAAGUUCGAACCUGUCAUCAAGAAGAAGGUGGAGCAUGUCUUCCAAACUCCGGAGACAAAGAAGCAGCCCGUCCAGUCUCCCCCGGAGCCUGUGGAUUCAGAGGAGGGUAAGAACAAAAAGAGGAAACCAUCCCCAGGUGCCAGCUCAUCUGCCACUGACAAGAAGGUCCAGAAGCUGCAGGAGCUUUUGGAGCCAGGCGAGAACAGCGAAGAAACCAGCUCAGAGAAUGAAUCCAUGGAGGAUGGAGAAGGAGAAGGGGAGGGAGAUGAAGAGCAAGAGGAAUCAGAGGACGAAGAAGAGGCAGCCAAGGGAGAAGAUGGGUCUUCAGAGAGCGAAGAAGAGAAAGAUUCGGAGUCAGAAGGAGAAGAAGACGACGAUGAGGCAGAAGAAGAUGAAGCAGAGACAGGAGAUGCAGAUGCAGGAGAUGCAGAUGCAGAAGAGGCAUCGGAGGAGGAGGACACAGAGUCGGAAGAAGAGACUAGCCAGAAAACUGAGAAGGCAGGAGGCGAAGGUGAGAAGACAGAGAAGGCCAAGAGUGACAAGACAGGUGACGAGAAGGACAACAACGACGAGAAGAAGCCGAAAGAGGAGACGAAGAUGAAGGAGGCUGAGCAUGCACUUGUGCCUGGAAAAGAGCUGAAGAAGUCUCACGAGCCUGCCAAGCUUGAGAAACUUAUUCAGCUUAGAAAGUCGUCUGGCAUGUGGUACGAAUCGGAAGACUUCCCCGGGGACGACGACGAAGCCUGGUUCUAUAUGCCUGCCCCCAAGGAAGUGACCCACAGGGAUAUCACAUCAGAGUCGACAAAACUUAGCGCUACAGCGUCAGUAGAGACUGAUCUUCUUGAAGCUUUGGUUUCAGAGCAAGGGUUCAUGAGACCUGGGGCCAUGCCAGCCAUUACUGCAGCAUCUGCAGCGGGGACCAAGACGAUCCUGGCGGUGAAAAAGUCGGCGGCCCCAAAGGCCAAACCUGAGAAAGCUGAGGAGCUGAAAGCUGAGACCCCCAAGGACAAAAUGAAUGAGUUGAUAGAAGCUUCUCUCAAGGAGGCAGGUCUGGCCAGAACAUCGGCCAUCACACUCUCAGGAUUGGAUUACGCAGAGGAUCUUAGCAAAGUGCUGCUCACCCAUGUGCAAGGCGUGGAAGAUCUUUUCAAAGAGGUCCAGUUGCUGAACAAAAAGGCUGAUGCCACUCCCAAGGAGUUCAAGAAAAUGAUCAAAAAGAUCGAAACCAAGUCUGAAGGAACCAAAAAACUUCAGGCCAGCCCGGUGUCUGAGUCUUUGACCCUUUGUUUGCUGGAAGUUUGGCCACCCAUACCUGCCCAGCGGCAAUCCAAAUAUGGGGAUAGGCCGCUGCGAAGUCGUUCCUGUCGAGCAAGAAGGUCCAACAUCGACAAGGCCAGCAGCAGCACCUACCGGGGAGUGAUCUACCACCCCAAUGAGCUUCUGAAUUCCAGGAGACAACAAAGUCAGGUGGCCAAAGCUGUGAACAAAACGGCGGCCGAUCUUGCUGCCUGGUCCAUCAGCUUGGCAAUGAAGGGCAUUGCCUGGUCGCUGACGGAAAUCUCCCAUGAGCAAUACCUUGCCAUGCCAGGGCAAAUCUCAGUUUGGAGGUUGUACGUACCUAGGAAGCCAACUUUGAGAGAGAUUUACUUGAGCGAUGCAGACUACGCUGAAUUGAGUACCAAGUUCAAAGCCUGCCAUGUAAAGAACAUGAUUUUCUGGAUUGCAAGGAAAACUCAGGAAGUAGCCGAUGCUGCUCCUGAAGUAUCUUAA